GAAUCACACCAGCGGGGGCGCUACGCGACAAUUCUGCCUACUGAGGAGAAGCAGAAGAAGAAGAAGAAGCUCUGCGCGCUCAGCUGGAGCCCGGUGAUGUCUGCGGGAAGAAGUCCGGUGAAUUAACGAUGCAGUGGGACUCGUCUCAUCUCUCUGUGACUCCAGCUGUUAGCUUCUUAUCCAGAUGUGUCGCCAGAGAGGUUUUGUCUCAGGAGGAAAUAGACUCCGCCUCCUCCCAGCUAAGCCCCGCCUUCUCCUCACAGCUGCACACGGCUGAGCAGCAAAUCAAAACGCAGCGACAGCUGGAACAGCUGCAGCUGCAGACGGAGCUGCUGCAGGCGGAGCGGCGCAGCGCCGACGUGUCGCACGGCUUCUUCCUGGCUCCCAGGUUCCAGGUGCUGCAGACGUUCUGCGCUCACCUGCAGCACCUCCUGAAGGAGCAGAGCGGUCUGAGGCGGAGGCUGGCCAGGCCGCUGGGCCGCACCAACCUGCCGGUCCGGGCCCACCUGCACAGGUCUCUGGUGGAGCUGGUGCAGCUGCUGCUGGACUUCAUGGAGACGCUGGAGGAGAAGAUAGACGCAGUUCGCCGCGGUCCGGCCCUGGGGGAGGAGCUUGCUCAGCUGGACGCCGCUGUCACACAGCUGCUGGCCCGCGUGGUGGAGGUGGAGGGUUUGUCCAAUCGGGUUCUCCAGAGGAGCCGAGUGGACACUGCUCAGUGGGAUGACCUCUGACCUCUGACAGACGACAUCAUCAUUGUGUCAAAUAUUAAAGACUUGCUUUGUUUUCUUAAUAAAAUGUGACUUUGGUCUAAUUCAACA